AGAGCUAGCAUGCUUCCGAUUAGGAAGUCUGCCUGCAAAGCAGCCGAUUUGGGGUUGGGAUUGACGGAUCCGUCCGUCGCAUCGCCAGCCCCCGAGCCUGAUUCGGCCAUGGCAGCAUCGGCUACUUCUCUGCUCUAGGCCGCGAUCGGCUUCGUCCUCCCGUCAUCCACCGCUGAGGAGGCUUCUAUGGGUUCAGAGAAAGGAGCACCAAUUGGAGCAGAGGAGGCGGUCCGAGGUGGUCAUGGUGUCACUCUGCUGCUAGAAGGACCCAAGAUCCUACCAGAUCAACCAUUAGCAAUUGAAAAGCAACCUAUGACGAUUGCUGAUUCUGGGAUGGGGAUGGGCCAUCUACCAGUAGCCGAAGAAGCUCCUUUAAAGGACUUCCUGCUACCGGCAGAUCGGGUCAGGUCAGCACAAGAAUUUGUCAAAAUACCAGAAAUUCCUAUCGAUGAAAUGGAAAAAUUCAGGAAGAUGUUAAAGGAUGCUGACACGCAGCUCGUCGAGGCUCUCCAGCAGAUCAAGAACAUGGCUGAGGAGAAGGAUCUCCGUGAAAAAGAUCUCGGUGAGCUGAGGGCUGCUGCGCAGGCUGUGGUAGAUAUGGUGGAUCCACCCGAAGAGAGUACCCAGGUAGACAAGACUUUGCUAGAGCAACUGCAAGGUGCUCCGCAAACGAUUAUGAGGUACCUCUCGGAUACCACCCGAGGUUACGUGUCACACGUACUCGGGUUAGUAAAGUCUUAUUGGCUGAAGGCGAACCUUGUCCCACUAGGUGAGGGCAUCUCCGUUGAUUGCUCAGAGGAGAAGUUUAUUGCCUUUGUGGGGGAGGUGAAGCCGAUAGCCGAUAAGAUAGUGGAUAUCCUGGAGCAAGAGCCGAGCGCGGAGUCGUGAAUCAGCUGUAAUGAAAUUAUGUAAUCUGUGUAUGGAUACACUGUGACAUAUUGUAAUGUCCUUGUAUGUUGGGGGUAAACCAGAAGUCAUACUUUGGUUUAUGUAUAUAUUCCUUGCUUUUUUCGCUCA